AUGGAAUUCGAUACCAGAACGUCUCCCUACAGCACAAAUGACACCUCUUCGUUUGCAUACAUAUCGGGCCAGGACAGAUGGCCGGUUAUUUUGACCGGCGCAAUUGACGACCUCUCCCGAACGCUCUUCGAAGUCACAGAUGAUGAAAAGAGAAAAGAGGGCAAAAUAAUCGUGGGAAAGCUUGCUGAGCUCAAGUACGAGCUACAACAUAAUCGCAAACUGACACCGUUGGAGGAUGAUGGUGAAUCGGAUAUCACGAUAUAUAAUAAGGAGCUUGAGGAAAGAGGUGGUCUCGUUUGGUUCAAUGCUCCAUGGCUCUACACGGAGUGCUAUCUUUAUAGGAGGAUAAACCUUUCGUUCUCCCUAUCGACGCACUGGAAAACUUACGACGUAUUCGCACGACAGAAGAUGUCCACAUUUAAAUCGUCCCGCACGGCUGUCCUGGAAUUGGCCGCAAAGUACAAGGAACUUAUCAAACAAAUCGAAAGCGGUGAAGGAGCCCAUGGCAAAGCACCGGAACAAAUCAACGAAGAGGAAAAGUUGCUUUUCAUGGAAAUGUGCGAAAUAUGUCUCUGGGGGAACGCCACCGACCUCUCCCUCUUGACCUCCCUCACGUACGAAGAUAUCCAGAAACUCCAAGGUGCCAAAGCACGCAAGGCUGCAGAAGAAAACAUCCUUAUUAACGACCUCCCUCUUGCCUUUGAAAUAUUGAACUCUGCUAAGAAAGCAAGGCCAUUAGAAGAGCGCCGUGUCGACAUAGUCCUUGAUAAUGCUGGCUUCGAGCUCUUCGUCGAUUUGAUUUUGGCCGGAUACCUGCUCUCUGCGGGACUCGCGACUACAAUCGUACUGCACCCCAAAUCCCUCCCCUGGUUCGUCUCAGACGUAAUACCGAGUGAUUUCAUGGACCUCAUCUCCGCUCUCGCAGAUCCACAAGCCUUCUACAGAUCUCCUGACGAAGCCGGGGACCCCAAAGCCAACGGCAACAAACCACAAGCCCUUUCGGAGCGGGAGGUAAACGAGCUCCAGUUCUUAUUCCAGCAAUGGAGCGGAUUCCAUGAAGAAGGGAAACUAAUCAUCCGGCCAAACCGCUUCUGGGUCACUGCGUCUAGCUACUGGCGGCUCCCCCACGAGGUACCCGAGCUGCUGGAAGAUCUCAAGGAGAGCGAAUUAGUGAUAUUCAAGGGCGAUUUGAAUUACAGGAAGUUAGUUGGUGACGCGCAAUGGCCCCCCACAACUCCCUUCACAACCGCAAUCGGCCCAUUGGGUUCUUCAUCGGGUAUCCGUGUCCUGGCACUCCGCACCUGCAAGGCAGACACCGUUGUGGGUCUACCAGAAGGCGAGGAUGAGCGCCUCCGUGCAUUGCCUGAUGGCGGUGGAGAGAAGGAGCGAAAAUGGGCUUGGAGUGGGAAGUGGGCCGUUGUUUCGUUUGCGGAUGGGAAGGCUUGA